UGUCAGUGGAUGAAAGAACGUCAGUGGACGAAAAAAUGUCAGUGGAGGAAAAAACGUCAGUGGAUAAAAAAAUGUCAGUGGACGAAAAAACGUCAGUGGAGGAAAGAACCUCAGUGGACGAAAAAACGUCAGUGAAUGAAAGAACGUCAGUGGAGGAAAAAACGUCAGUGGAGGAAAAAACGUCAGUGGAUGAAAAAACAUCAGUGGACGAAAAAACGUCAGUGGAGGAAAGAACCUCAGUGGACGAAAAAACGUCAGUGGAGGAAAGAACGUCAGUGGAUGAAAAAACGUCAGUGGAUGAAAAAACGUCAGUGGACGAAAAAACGUCAGUGGAGGAAAGAGCCUCAGUGGAGGAAAGAACCUCAGUGGACGAAAAAACGUCAGUGGAGGAAAGAAUGUCACUGGACGAAAAAACGUCAGUGGAGGAAAGAACGUCAGUAGAGAAAAGAACGUCAGUGGAGGAAAGAACGUCAGUGGACGAAAAAACGUCAGUGGAUGAAAAAACGUCAGUGGAGGAAAGAACGUCAGUAGAGAAAAGAACGUCAGUGGAGGAAAGAACGUCAGUAGAGAAAAGAACGUCAGUGGAGGAAAGAACGUCAGUGGACGAAGGAACGUCAGAAAUUGUUGUUCAAAGGAACAUCUUGGAUGUUAGAGAUAGUUCAGAUGAAGUGAGGAUUGUCCUGCUGGGAAAAACUGGAGCUGGGAAGAGUGCGACAGGAAACACAAUCUUAGGGAGAAAAGCAUUUAAAUCAAACAUAUCACAAGGGUCCAUUACUAAAGAGUGUCAGAGAGAAACAGCUGAAGUUAACAGCAGAUACAUCACUGUGAUUGAUACUCCAGGACUGUUUGAUACUGAACUGAGUCAUGAAGAAGUUCAGAGAGAAAUGACCAACUGUAUCUCAAUGAUACUGCCAGGACCUCAUGUGUUUAUUAUUGUACUGAGUUUAGGACGCUUCACAAAAGAAGAAGCAGACUCAGUGAAGAUUAUUCAAAAGACUUUUGGUGAAAACUCUUUAAUGUACACUGUGGUGCUCUUCACCAGAGGAGAUUAUCUUGAAGAUAAAACCAUUGAAGAGUACUUGGGAAACUCAAAAUCUGCCUUAAUGAAUGUCAUUGAACAGUGUGGAAACAGAUAUCAUGUGUUUAAUAAUAAAAAUAAAGAUCACACACAAGUUUCUGCUUUACUGGAGAAAAUAGAUGACAUGGUGAAAGCAAAUGGAGGGAGUUAUUACUCAUCUAAAAUAUUCAGAGAGAUGGAGCGAGAAAAACAAGAACAACAAAUAAAGAGACUGGAGGACACAAUUGAACAACUGAGCAGAGAGAAAGAAGAGGAGAGAGAGAGAAUGAAGAAGAUGAUGGAGGAAGAAAGACACAAUCAUGAACAAGAGAGACAGAAAAGAGAAGAGGAAUUUAGAGAGAGAGAAGAAAGAUAUAAAAAAGAAAUGAAGGAGCAAGAAAAACAGCUGCGAGACGAGAUGAGAAGAGAACGAGAGACAUUAAACAAUGAAAUUAAAGAAAUAAAGAAAGAAAACAAAGAUCUCCAGAUCAAAUAUACAACACAAAUAGACAAACUGAUGAAUACAAUAGAGACUGAACGACAGAAUCAUGAAAUAGAGAGAAAGAGAAAAGAAGAUGAGUUUAGAGAGACAGAAGAAAGAUAUAAAACAGAAAUGAUGGAGCAAAAGAGACAGAUUGAAGAUGAGAUGAGAAGAGAAAGAGAGACAUUAAAAAUCGAAAUUGAGGAAAUAAAAAAAGAAAAGAAAGAUCUCCAGAUAACAUAUGACAAACAACUCAUGAAUACACGAGAGAAUGAACGACAGAAUCAUGAGAGAGAGAGAAAGAGAAGAGAAGAUGAGUUUAGGGAGACAGAAGAAAGAUAUAAAAGUGAAAUAAAGAAGCAAAAAACACAAAUGGAAGAUGAGAUGAGAAGAGACCGGGAAAGAUAUGAGAGAGAAAAACAAGAUGAAAAACUGAAAAAAGAAGAAGAAGAUCAGAAAAGAAAAGAUAAAGAAGAAAUGUUGUUGGACCAGUAUGAAAAAAGAGAAAAAGAAAGGACCGAAAGAGAAAGAGAAGAACAGCAAUUAAUUGUUAGUAAAUAUAGCACAGAGAUAGAGAGGAUGAAGAAGAUGGUGGAGGAAGAAAGACAGAAACAUGAAGUUAAGAAGAAAAACAGAGAAGAAAUAUACAGAGAAAAGAUGAAAGAAAUAGAGAAAAAAACACAGAAACAGAUGCAAGAUGAUGAAAGGAGGAGAGAGGAAGAAAAACAAAACUGGAGUGAAAAACAGAAGAUGCUUGAAGAAAAAAUCCAGAAUGAGAAACAUCUGAGAGAAGAAGAAAGAAAGAUUCAUGAAGAUAAAAUUUAUCUGAUUGAACAACAGUGUAAAGAUAAACUCAUGAGAGUAAAAUCAGAGGAGUAUGAAGAAGACAGAAGAAGAGAAAUAGAGAGAAUUAAAAUCUGCUGCUCUCAAACAGACUCAAGUCAUCUGGUGCUUUUCCGUCUUGGUGGCGGCUACAGCCAUACUCUUCUGCGAUACUCCCCUCUGCCAUGCCCUAUUCCCCUGUUUGCAGCUGGUGGGGCUAGGAUGAGCGACGAUGCAGGGCCAGCCAUGUGUGCGGCCAUGUGUGUGAGGAUGGGAGUGGGAGGCGGCGCUCCCCUGACCCGUCGUCCCUCUCAAGUCAGCAUGCGCAUAAGCACAAGCUUUCGCAUGACCAGCAGCGGGAUUCCUCCCACAGGCUUGCCCAGGAUCAGGCACCCAGAUCUGUUAAGCACCCUGCCUCAGCUAUGGUGGGGGAAAGUGGUAGCAUGGAGUCGCUUAAGCUCCUCUCAGCUGUCCACGCUCCGUCAUGAAGGUUGGACAGGCUGGAAGGUCACCAAGACUUAUCACUGGGGGAUCCCCUCUCAUCCAGGCCUGAGAGCUCUGCCAGUUACCCUGGUUAAGACUGGACUGGGGAACAUGCCACCAGUUGAGUCAUCUAUGGCUGCUUUGACUUCCCAGGGCUUUUCCUGUGUAUCCUCUGAUCCAAGGUGCCCUCGUAAAGAGUGUACCAAGAUGAUGCGCGGCUCUGUGCGUGGCCAUGUGUGUGAGGAUGGUUGCGGGAGACGGUGCUCCCCUGACCAGCUGUCCGUCUCAAGUCGGCAUGCACGUAAGCACAAGCGAUCACGUGACCAGCAGCGGGAUUCCCCCCACGGGCUUGCGCAGGAUGAGGCUCCCAGAUCUGUUAAGCGCCCUGCCUCAGCUAUGGCCUCACAGGCAGAGCAAGACAAGUUGCUCACGUUGUGCCCAGUCAGUGCCUUGAAGGCCUAUCUGACCCAUACACAGUCUUUGAGAAGAAUGCACUCACAACUGUUUGUCCGUUAUGGGGCGGCAAGGCAGGGACUGCCGCUUUCCAAACAGAGGCUGUCUCAUUGGCUGGUGGAGGUUAUUUCCCACGCUUUUAGGGCUCAGGUGAUACCAGUCCCUCCAGGUACAAGGGCCACCUCUACCAGAAGUGUGGCUACGUCUUGGGCUGCCCUCAAGGGUGUUACAGCAGCCGAUAUCUGUGCAGCAGCUUCAAGGUCUAUGCCAUGCACUUUUACUAAAUUGUACAGGGUGGACGCAACUUGCCCAGCUCCGGUCGGCAACGCUGCCUUCAUGUCCGUGACCGAGCAAGGUAUUAAUGGAUCCUGGGAUCCUCGUGAAUCUAUCAGCAAACAGCUUGAAAAACUCUUCAGUAGAUUAAAUGUAAGAAGCAGACAUCAAGAUAAACUGAGAACAGAAGACUUUCUUAAAAUCACAAAGUCUUCACUUCAGUCUCAGGAGCCACAGAAAGAAACUGAACUUGUGAACUCAUUCCUACAUAAACUGUUGAACAUGAACUACAGAGCAAGAGAAACUCACAUAAAACACAGAGAAGAUCAACAAACACCUGCAAACUACAACCCUGAAGUUGACUUUGAUAUUCAUGUGAUGGAUGUUCAGAUGGCUGUGUUUCAUUGUGCUGAUAGUUUCCUAAAGCAGCUGAUGGUCACUAAACUCUCACAGUGUCAGUUUGCUCUUCCUCUGCUUGUUCCUCAUCCAUUCACACAACAGAUUGAGUUUCCUCUCUGGACAUUCAGACAAAUCAACAAGAGCUGGAAGAUGAAAAAUAAUGACAAUGAGAUCAUCAGUAAAGUCCAGCCUGUGUACAAAGCAGAAACUCCAAUGGUGUCGUUCUUCAGGUUUGGCUCUUUGUCUUCAUCAAAGUCUCAGCUGAUAAACAGUUUGAUCAAUGAGAAACACAACACGUUCUUCCACAGAAACUGCUCAGGAAGCAGCAGAACCAGACUACUGAUGGAUGGAGUGGUGGAGAUCGCCUGGUACUGUCCAUCUGGAAAAAACACUGAUAAAUUUACUGACUGUGUUGCCUUCUGUAAUCUUCAUGGUGAUGCAGGAGACAAUGAGAAACAAUAUGAGAUUUUAACCAGUAUGUCUUCAGUCAAUGUCCUCUUCUUAUCUGAUUUUGGACAGAAGAACCAGUAUAAGAGUUUAGUGAAGUCACUCUUCAGAUCUCCUCAACCUCUUAUUUGUCUGCUUACAGACAAUGACUGUAAUAAAACUAAACUGACUGAUGGAAAAAUCAUUAUCGGUCUUUUGAACAAAAAUCAAUCUGAUCUAUCUAACGAGAUAAGAGAGACAAUCCGAUUGAGUUUGAAAGAGGGCACAAAAACCUUCAAACUGGAAGAUGUGGUCAAACACACAGGAAUUCAAGUAGAUGAGAAUAAUGAAGAGUGUCAGAGAGGAAAAGAGACGGCGCUUCAGAUGAUGAGAUUACUGAAUGAUGAAGAUCCAUCAACAGUUAAAGAAACAAAUCUGCCCUGUCAGGGGAAACUGUGGCACGACUGGUGUAAAAUAAACAAAGAGCUUCGUCAUCUAGGAGGAGAAAAUCUAGAAGAAGAUAAAAGUAAUAAAGAGAAACUCAUAAAAGAAAUAAGAGAAAAGCAAAUGGCACAAGGAUUGAGUGACUUUAUGAGGAUAUUUUUGGAAAAGAUACUGUCACUGAAAGUCAAUGGUAAAAAGUAUUUUCUAACAUGGAUGAUAAAUCUGUUGAAUGACUUCACUUCAAAUAAGCUUUGUGCACUUCAUAAGAAGUAUGAUGUAAAUUGGAAUGAACUCUUGGCUUUAAAGCAAAUUCCAGAUAAACAAGACCAACUGCAGAUUAAACAAACAGAGCUUGAGGAAAUAUCAGAACAAAUCAACAAAACAAUGUUUGGCUUGGAUCACAUUGUAAGAGAGGUUGGUCAGAUCUAUGAAUCAAGGUCAUCUGUAAAGGAAAACAAUUUCUCUGAUCUCCCGAGUCUUGCAGCAGAGAUGAUGAUCUCUGGAUUUCCACUGGAGUUGAUGGAUGGAGAUGCUGCUCAUGUUCCUCUCAUCUGGAUUAAAGCUGUUUUUGAUCAACUCAUCCAGAAACUGGGAGGAGAUCAGAGAGUUUUUGUGCUGUCAGUUUUAGGGAUUCAGAGCUCUGGUAAAUCCACUUUACUCAAUGCUAUGUUUGGUCUUCAGUUUUCUGUCAGUGCUGGUCGAUGCACCAGAGGAGCUUUCAUGCAGCUGAUCAGAGUAUCAGAGGAGCUGAAACAACAGCUGAAGUUUGAUUAUAUUCUGGUUGUUGAUACUGAGGGUCUUCGUGCACCAGAACUGGAUGGAAGAUCAACAAGAAAUCAUGAUAAUGAAUUGGCCACAUUUGUUGUUGGUAUUGGAAAUCUGACAUUGAUCAACAUCUUUGGAGAAAACCCAUCUGACAUGCAGGAAAUUCUCCAGAUUGUUGUCCAGGCCUUCAUGAGGAUGAAGAAUGUGAGUCUGAAUCCCAGCUGUAUGUUUGUACAUCAGAACGUUUCAGACGUCACAGCUGGAGAUAGAAACAUGGAGGGAAGAAGACGACUGCAGGAGACACUGGAUGAGAUGACUAAACUCGCUGCUAAAGAAGAAGUCAGUGAUGCAGAAAAUUUUAGGGAUGUCAUUGCAUUUGAUGUUCAGAAAGAUGUGAAAUAUUUUGCUCAGCUGUGGGAGGGAAGCCCACCAAUGGCGCCACCAAACCCAAACUACUGUGAGAAUGUUCUGGAUCUGAAAGAAUCUAUUUUAACACAUGCUUCAAAAUCAGAUGGCAUAAUGCUGACACAUAUAGGAGGACGUAUUAAAGAUCUCUGGGAGGCUUUGCUGAAUGAACAGUUUGUGUUCAGCUUUAGAAAUUCACAGGAAAUCGCAACUUACAGGAGAAUAGAGACAGAAUACAGCAAGUGGAGCUGGAGUCUUCGAAGUGCAAUGCUGGAAAUUGAAAACAAACUACACAAUAGAAUACAAAAUAAAACAAUUAAUAAAGUUGAUGAUUCUGAUCUUCAAAGACAACUUCAUGAAAAAAGUGAAGAAGUGAAAAAGUCAAUGUCUGAUUUCUUUGGAAAACACAGUGAUGCAGGAAUACUGAAUCAGUGGAAAGCUUCAUUUGAAAUAAAAAUCAAAGAGCUUCAGGAAAACAUUGUGAGGGAGACAAAGAAGAAAUUAGAUCAGGUUCUCCAGCAGCGAGACCUGAAGAAAAAGAUUGAUGCUCAGAGGACACAACAUGAAAACAGUCUGUUUGAAAAGAGCAAAGAUCUUGCCAUGAAACUAAAAGACAAAGCAAAUGAUGAAAAUAUCAUGAAAAAAGAGUUUGAUUCCUUUUGGAAAGAGCAGGUUGAUAAAAUCAUUAAAGACACUCCUCCAGUUAAAAACAUGGACAUUUUAAAGGAUGUGACAGAUCUCCUCAGAAACAACCAUGAAAGUCUCCCUGUAAGCCUACUGAACAUAAAUACUAAAGGCAUUAAUAUGUUCUCUUGCCUAACUUAUUCAAAUUGUGUACAGCUGAAGAAAUCCAGUGGAAUUACAGGAUUUAUAAAAAAUGCCUACAAAAAAGCUAAAACAAUAUCAGGUGAUGUUCUUUCUACAGAGGAUGAAGUUCAGAUAAGAACUUUAAUCAAUGAAAUUGCUGAUCACACAGAUAAAAUGAUUCAAUCAUAUAACAUUGCAAAGAUGGGCUACAACAUCAGCUGCAUUCAACAACUCAUGGAUUACAUGAAGACAAAAAUAACAGAUCAUGAAGGAAAGCCAAAUGUGAAAUAUGUGUUCAAGAGAGAAUUCUUCAGGGAUUUGGUAGUUUGUAUUUGUCAGAGAGCAAACAAGACAUUCACUGAUCAACACAGAUUAUACAGAGAAGCAAAUGAUCCUGUUCUGUAUUUUAACCUGAAAAGAGAAGAGUAUUACAAGAUUUUCCAGAAAUACUGUCAAGGAGCAACAUCAGCUGCCAUUACUGCUGAAUUUAUCUGUAAUAAACUUAAAGACACCAUUGAGCAGAAUGUCUACAAGAAAACUGCCAUAGAUUUAGCAGAUGAAAUGAUGACAAACUGUGAAUCACUGAAUGGAAACAGAUCAAAUCUGGAGAAACACAUCCUGAAGACACUGGCAAUCAAUGAGGACUUUAAAGCAUACAUGGAGUACAUUAAAAAUCCUAAACUUUACUUUAAAGAUUUCAUCAGAGGUGCAGUCAGUCAGUACAUCACUGAAAGAUUUAAUGAUAGUGUUCAACCUAAGAUGGUAAAUAACAUUACACAGCUGCAGAAGAAGAUUAUAAACGCAGCACAAGAGUCCACCAAACACAUUCAAGAGAUCAAUGGAGAUCUUCUUUCAUGGUUGACUCAUUUCACACAUCUGCUGUCUGAUGUUCUGGUCUUCUCUGUAAGUGACCUCACUGGAGUGAAUUUUGAAGAUGUUGAUAUCAUUAUCAUAGGAGAUGUAAUAACAGAAGAGAUUCCUUCUGUAAUAUCUGACAUACGCAGUAGAUUUACUAAAGAAACAUUUCUACUGAAGCUGGAGAACACAGACAGACCAGAUGAGAUUCUGAUUGAUAAUUUCUGUCGGUGUUGUUGGGUUCAAUGUCCUUUCUGUGCUGCCAUCUGCACCAACACCAUAGAAAACCAUGAUAAAGAUCACAGUGUCCCUUUCCAUCGUAAUAAUGGACUGAAUGGGUGGUAUUACAGAGACACAACAAACCUGUCUAUCAACAUCUGCACAUCAGCAGUAGCCAGUGAUCGAUCAUUUUAUCCAGAUUCAGACUCAGAUGUUAAGUGCCUCUGGAAAGAAUACAGAAAAGGAGGUCCUAAAUAUGCUAAGUGGAGCAUCACCCCUGAUCUCUCUGAGCUGCCCUACUGGAAAUGGUUUGUGUGCAAAUUUCAGAAGAAUCUGGAAGAGUACUACAAGAAUACCUAUGAGGGGAGCGGAAAGAUUCCAGAUGAAUGGAGAAAAUACUCUAAAGAGGAAGCCAUUGAGAGUUUGGAUAAAUACAUUUAAUGAAACACACAAAUACUUGAGGACCUUGAUACAUAAGAAAGUUUGAAAUAAAUUUAUGUAAAUGUCCAAAAUUUAAUAUAGCCACAAAACACUUACAUGUAGUGAAAAUGAAAUGAAAUGAUUUCACUGAUCUAUACUUAUUGACAAGAGAUAUUCGAUGAGUAUUUCUGAGUAUAUGUUAAAAUAAAAUAACAAUUUAUAUGUAAAGAAAGUGGCUCAUGUUAUAGUACCAUAUUUUCAAAACAGUAAAGAAUAAAUCCAAAGAUAAAAUUAUAAGAAAAAUGUUGUAUACAGUGAAUUCCAAUAAAAGUGCAAUGAUUACAAAUUUCAAAGUGUUGUGUUGCAUUGUAUUGCAAGAAU